AGGCUGCCCGGGAGGGACGGCAGCUCCGGCAGGUGAGGCUCUGCACAGCCUCCCAGGUCGCCGCCGCUACAGUCCCGGAGGCGGACUCCGCCAGAGAAUCCCUUCCCAGCCCCUAGGCUGGGGCCAGGCGGGGCUCUGACGUCACCUCCCCUCCCCCCGUUCCUCCAAGAGGGAGGGAGUGGGGAAAGAGGCAGUGAUCCACCGCCGCUCCCGGCCGCAACUCUCAAACUCGGCGGCUCGCUGCCUGGACAAGUCCCGGCAAACUUGGCUUCUCCCCGGCCCUCUCGCUAGCCCUCGUGCGUCUCAGCCAGCCUCGCUUUGGGACUCAAGUUUCGCCCGGGACGGAAGCCUCCGGAGAUGGGGCCACCUGGGUCCGGGCAGCGCGGGUGGGUCGCACUCCGGUUGGGGACAUGCUGAAGAGCCGAGGGAGGAGGCAAAGUUGUGGGACCUCAGACUACAGGGCUUCUAAGAAAAAUCCAAAUCGCGUGGGGAUUACCGAGCGGCCGAGGACUUUCAAGCGGAGCCCCGAGGACUCGGCUGGACUGGUCCCUGCGAGCGGAGCGAUGGGGAGACACCUGGCCGCGCUCCUGCUGCUGCUGCUGCUCCUCCAGCAUUUUGGAGACGGCGAUGGAAGCCCAGCGCCCGACCAGACGGCUCCGCAGUUCACACAGCUCCACUACAACGUCACUGUGCACGAGAACUCCGCCGCCAAGACCUAUGUCGGGCAUCCCACCAAGAUGGGCAUUUACCUUUCCAACCCAGCGUGGGAAUUACGGUACAAAAUUGUCUCGGGAGACAAUGAAAACCUGUUCAAAGCGGAAGAGUACGUGCUUGGAGACUUUUGCUUCCUAAGAAUAAGGACCAAAGGAGGAAACACCGCUAUUCUCAACAGGGAGGUGAGAGACCAUUACACCUUGGUCGUCAAAGCGGUGGAAAGGAACACGAACGCGGAGGCCCGGGCCGUGGUCCGGGUGCAGGUGCUGGAUACAAACGACUUGAGACCGCUGUUCUCGCCCACCUCGUACAGCGUCUCUUUACCGGAAAACACAGCCAUAAGGACCAGUAUUGCAAGGGUCAGUGCCACCGAUGCAGACAUAGGAACCAAUGGGGAGUUUUACUACAGUUUCAAAGACCGAACAGACAUGUUCGCUAUUCACCCAACCAGCGGUGUCAUCGUGUUAACCGGGAGACUUGAUCACGCAGAGACCCCGCUGUAUGAGAUAGAAAUCCUCGCGGUGGACCGGGGGAUGAAGCUGUACGGCAGCAGCGGCAUCAGCAGCAUGGCCAGGCUCACGGUGCACGUGGAGCCGGCCAACGAGUGCGCGCCCGUGAUCACCGCGGUGACAUUGUCGCCGUCAGAACUGGACCAGGACCCCACAUACGCGGUCGUAACUGUGGAGGACUGUGAUCAGGGAGCCAAUGGGGAAGUAGCGUCUUUAAGCAUUGUGGCCGGUGACUUCCACCAGCAGUUUAGAACGGUGAGGUCCUCCCCGGGGAGUAAAGAAUAUAAAAUCAAAGGCACUGGUGGCAUCGACUGGGACAGUCAUCCUUUUGGCUACAAUCUGACGCUUCAGGCUAAAGAUAAAGGCACGCCUCCCCAGUUCUCUGCGGUGAAAGUCAUCCAUGUGACUUCUCCACACUUCCGAGCCGGGCCAGUCAGGUUUGAGAAGGAUGUUUACCGGGCAGAAAUCAGCGAACUGGCUCCUUCCAACACCCCCGUGGUCAUGGUAAAAGCCACGCCUCGUUAUUCCCACUUGAGGUAUGUUUUCAAAAGUGCGCCCGGAAAAGCCAAAUUCAGUUUAAAUCACCACACUGGUCUCAUUUCCAUUUUAGAACCGAUUAAAAGACAGCAGGCAUCCCAUUUUGAACUUGAAGUAACAACAAGUGACAGAAAAGCCUCCACCAGAGUCUUGGUCAAAGUCCUAGGUGCUAACAGCAACCCCCCUGAAUUUACCCAGACCUCCUACAAAGCAUCUUUUGAUGAGAAUGUCCCCGUUGGCACCACGGUCAUGAGUGUGAGCGCAGUAGACCCCGAUGAGGGCGAGAAUGGGUAUGUGACGUACAGUAUUGCAAACCUCAACCCCGUGCCGUUUGUGAUCAACCAUUUCACUGGUGCUGUGAGUACCUCAGAGAACUUGGACUAUGAGCUGAUGCCUCGGGUUUAUACCCUGAGGAUCCGCGCGUCAGACUGGGGCCUGCCGUACCGCCGGGAAGUCGAGGUCCUGGCCACCCUUACUCUCAAUAACUUGAAUGACAACACACCCUUGUUUGAGAAAAUAAAUUGCGAAGGAACAAUUCCCAGGGAUCUAGAGGUGGGAGAGCAAAUAACCACCGUGUCUGCCAUCGAUGCCGAUGAACUUCAGUUGGUCCGCUAUCAGAUUGAAGCUGGCAAUGAACUAGAUUUGUUUAGCUUACAUCCCACCUCCGGGGUGCUGUCCUUAAAGCAGUCGCUCACGGAAGGCUUGGGGGCCAAGGUGUCGUUUCACAGUCUGAGGAUUACAGCUACAGAUGGAGAGAAUUUUGCCACGCCGUUCUAUAUCAACAUGACCGUGGCGGGCAGUCGCAAGCCAGUGCACUUGCAGUGUGAGGAGACCGGUGUUGCCAAAAUGCUGGCGGAAAAGCUGCUCCAGGCCAAUAAGCUGCACGGCCAGGGGGAGGUCGAGGACGUCUUCUUCGAUUCUCACUCUGUCAAUGCGCACGCCCCGCGGUUUAGCAGUCAUCUUCCCGCGGGCAUCGAGGUGAAGGAGAGCCAGCCCGUGGGUUCCAGCAUCCUCCUCGUGAAUGCUACCGACCUCGACACUGGCUUCAAUGGGAAACUGGUCUACGCCAUUUCUGGAGGAAAUGAGGACAGCUGCUUCCUUAUUGACGUGGACACUGGAAUGCUAAAGGUUCUAUCUCCCCUUGACCGUGAGACGACAGACAGAUACACCCUGAAUAUUACUGCGUCUGACCUUGGUCUGCCGCAGAAGGCCGUGUGGCGCCUUCUGGAUAUCAGGGUCCUGGAUGCCAACGAUAACCCCCCCGAGUUUCUACAGGAGAGCUAUUUUGUUGAAGUGAGCGAGGACCAGGAGAUGGGGAGUGAGAUCAUCCAGGUUGAAGCCACCGAUAAGGAUCUCGGGCCAAAUGGACAGGUGACGUACUCCAUCCUCACGGACACUGAUCAAUUUUCCAUCGACAGCGUGACCGGCGUGGUGAAGGUCGUGCAGCCCCUGGACCCUGAAGUCCAGCCCGUGCAUUACUUGAAGAUCGAAGCCAGGGAUCAAGCCACAGAGGAGCCCCGCUUGUUUUCCACGGUGCUUCUGAAGGUCUCCGUGGAGGAUGUGAAUGACAACCCCCCCAAGUUCAUUCCAGCUCAUUACCACGUGAAAGUGCGCGAGGACCUUCCCGAAGGGACCAUCGUCAUGUGGUUGGAGGCCUAUGACCCCGACCUCGGCCAGUCUAGUCAGGUGAGAUACAGUCUCAUGGACCACGGCGAAGGCCACUUCGAUGUGGAUAAACUCAGCGGAGCGGUUAGGAUUGUACAGCAGCUGGACUUUGAGAGGAAGCAGGUCUAUAAUCUCACCGUGAGGGCCAAAGACAAAGGGAAGCCAGUUUCUCUGUCCUCCACGUGCUACGUGGAAGUGGAGGUCGUGGAUGUGAAUGAGAACCUGCACCCGCCCGUGUUUCCCAGCUUUGUGGAGAAGGGGGCGGUGAAGGAAGAUGUCCCUGUUGGCUCGUCGGUGAUGAAAGUGGCAGCUCGUGAUGAGGACGCAGGAAGAGAUGGGGAGAUCCGCUAUUCCAUUAGAGAUGGUUCUGGCAUUGGUGUUUUCAAAAUAGAUGAAGAAACAGGUGUCAUAGAGACUGCAGACCGCCUGGACCGCGAGUCGACAUCCCAUUACUGGCUGACAGUCUACGCCACCGAUCAGGGUGUUGUGCCCCUUUCCUCGUUCAUAGAGGUCUACAUCGAGGUGGAGGAUGUCAAUGACAACGCACCCCAGACUUCAGAGCCAGUUUAUUCUCCAGAAAUCAUGGAAAAUUCUCCCAAGGAUAUAUCCGUGGUCCACAUUGAGGCCUUCGAUCCAGAUCCUAGCUCUAAUGACAAGCUGACGUACAGAAUCACAAGUGGAAAUCCACAAGGGUUCUUCACCAUACAUCCUAAGACAGGUCUCAUCACAACUACAUCGAGGAAACUAGAUCGAGAGCAGCAAGAUGAGCACAUAUUAGAAGUGACCGUGACAGACAAUGGUAGUCCCCCCAGAUCAACUGUCGCAAGAGUGAUUGUGAAAAUCCUUGAUGAAAAUGACAACAAACCUCAGUUCCUGCAAAAGUUCUACAAGAUCAGACUCCCAGAGCGAGAAAAGCCGGACCGAGACCGGAACGCCAAGCGCGAUCCCAUCUACCGGGUGAUCGCUGCCGACAAAGACGAAGGUCCCAACGCAGAAAUCUCCUACAGCAUCGAAGAGGGCAAUGAGCACGGAAAAUUUUUUAUUGAGCCCAAAACCGGACUGGUGUCAUCCAAGAAGUUUUCUGGAGCUGGAGAAUACGAUAUUCUUUCAAUCAAGGCAGUGGACAAUGGUCGCCCCCAGAAGUGGUCAACCACUCGCCUCCAUAUUGAAUGGAUCUCCAAACCCAAACCAUCCCUGGAGCCAAUUUCCUUUGAAGAAUCGUUUUUCACCUUUACUGUCAUGGAAAGCGACCCCGUUGCUCACAUGAUCGGAGUGAUAGCUGUUGAGCCGCCUGGCACCCCUCUUUGGUUUGACAUCAUUGGUGGCAACUAUGAGAGUCACUUUGAUGUGGACAAGGGCACGGGCACCAUCAUUGUUGCCAAACCUCUUGAUGCGGAACAGAAAUCAGACUACAACCUCACAGUCGAGGCGACAGAUGGGACCAGCACGAUACUGACUCAGGUAUUCAUCAAAGUCAUAGACACAAAUGACCAUCGUCCUCAGUUCUCUACAUCCAAGUAUGAAGUCGUUAUUCCCGAGGACACCGCGCCAGAAACAGAGAUUUUGCAGAUCAGUGCUGUGGAUAAGGAUGAGAAAAACAAACUCAUCUACACCCUGCAGAGCAGCAUCGAUCCGCUGAGUCUCAAGAAGUUUCGUCUGGAUCCUGCAUCUGGCUCUCUCUACACUUCGGAGACACUGGAUCACGAAGCCAUUCACCAGCACGUCCUCACGGUCAUGGUACGAGAUCAAGAUGUCCCUGUGAAGCGCAACUUUGCGAGGAUCGUGGUGAAUGUCAGUGACACAAAUGACCACGCGCCCUGGUUCACGAGUUCCUCCUACGAAGGGCGGGUGUAUGAAUCCGCAGCUGUGGGCUCGGUGGUGCUGCAGGUCACGGCGCUGGUGGUGUACUCCAUCGAGUCAGGAAAUAUUGGAAAUUCUUUUACAAUCGAUCCCAUCUUGGGCUCUAUCAAAACUGCCAAAGAAUUGGAUCGAAGUAACCAAGUGGAAUAUGAUCUAAUGGUUAAAGCUACAGACAAAGGCAGCCCACCCCUGAGUGAAAUCACUUCCGUGCACAUCUUUGUCACAAUUGCUGACAAUGCCGCUCCGAGGUUUACGUCUAAAGAAUAUUCUGUUGAAAUUAGUGAAACCAUCAGCAUUGGGAGUUUUGUCGGAAUGGUUACGGCCCACAGUCAGUCAUCGGUGGUCUAUGAAAUAAGAGAUGGAAACAUAGCUGAUGCAUUCACCAUCAAUCCGCAUUCUGGAAGUAUCAUCACUCAGAAGGCCCUGGACUUUGAAACUUUGCCCAUUUAUACACUGACAGUCCAAGGAACCAACAUGGCCGGCUUGUCCACUAACACGACGGUCCUAGUGCAUCUGCAGGAUGAAAAUGACAACUGGCCUGUGUUUAUGCAAGCAGAAUACACAGGACUCGUCAGUGAGUCGGCUUCCCUGAACAGCGUGGUCCUCACAGACAAGAACGUCCCAUUAGUGAUUCGAGCCACCGAUGCCGACAAGGAAUCGAAUGCUUUGCUUGUGUACCACAUCGUUGAGCCAUCGAUACACAAAUAUUUUGCCAUUGAUUCUAGCACGGGGGCUAUUCAUACAGUACUGAGUUUGGACUAUGAAGAGACAAGCACUUUUCGCUUUACCGUGCAAGUGCAUGACAUGGGAACACCACGCUUGUUUGCCGAAUACGCAGCUAACGUGACUAUCCAUGUCAUUGACAUUAAUGACUGCCCUCCUGUGUUCUCCAAGUCCUUGUAUGAAGCCUCUCUCUUGUUGCCCACAUACAAAGGGGUCAAAGUCAUCACGGUAAAUGCCACCGAUGCCGAUUCUCACGCCUUCUCCCAGGUGAUGUACUCCAUCACUGAGGGCAACAUCGGAGAGAAGUUUCUCAUGGACUACAAGACGGGCUCGAUCACGGUGCAAAACACAACUCAGUUAAGAAGCCGCUACGAGUUAACCGUCCGCGCUUCUGACGGCAGAUUCGCAAGCUUCUCCUCGGUGAAAAUCCACGUGAAGGAGAGCAAAGAAAGUCAACUGAAGUUCACCCAGGAUUUCUACUCGGCGACCGUGAAGGAGAAUUCCACCGAAGCCAGGACGUUGGCUGUCAUUACUGCGAUUGGCAAUCCGAUCAACGAGCCCUUGUUCUAUCACAUCCUCAACCCCGAUCGCAGGUUUAAAAUGAGCCGCACCUCGGGAGUCCUGUCCACCACUGGCGUACCCUUCGAUCGGGAGCAGCAGGAGGCCUUCGACGUGGUCGUGGAGGUGACGCAGGAACACAAGCCUGCCGCGGUGGCCCACGUGGUUGUGAAGGUCACCGUGGAAGACCAAAAUGACAACGCCCCGGUGUUUGUCAACCUCCCUUACUACGCCGUCGUCAGGGUGGACGCCGCGGUAGGCCACACCAUCCGCCACGUGACCGCCGUGGACAGAGACAGCGGCAGGAAUGGGGACGUGCACUACUACCUGAAGGAACAUCACGAGCACUUUCAGAUCGGGCUGUCGGGUGACAUCUCACUGAAGAAGCCAUUCGAACCCGACACCUUAAACAAACAGUACCUCGUCACCGUGGUGGCAAAAGAUGGGGGAAACCCUGCCUUUUCGGCGGAAGUGAUCGUCCCCAUCACGGUGAUGAACAAAGCCAUGCCCGUGUUCGAAAAGCCUUUCUACAGCGCCGAGAUCCCGGAGAACAUCCAGGUGCACAGCCCCGUCGUCCACGUGCAAGCCAACAGUCCCGAGGGCUUGAAGGUGCUCUACAGCAUCACCGACGGCGAUCCCUUUAGCCAGUUCACCAUUAACUUCAACACCGGCGUCAUCCACGUCAUCGCCCCCCUGGACUUUGAGGCCCACCCGGCCUACAAACUGAGCGUCCGAGCCACCGACUCCUUGACGGGGGCGCACGCCGAGGUGUUUGUGGACAUCGUGGUGGAAGACAUCAAUGACAACGCCCCCGUGUUUGCCCAGCAGGCCUACGCCGCCACGCUGUCGGAGGCGUCUGUCAUUGGGACCUCGGUGGUGCGUGUUCGAGCCACAGAUGCGGAUUCGGAACCCAACAGGGGAAUCUCUUACCACAUGUCCGGGAAUCACAGCAAGAGUCACGAUCAUUUUCACAUCGACAGCAGCACGGGUGUCAUUUCCCUGGUCCGGGCGCUGGAUUACGAGCAGGUCCGGCAGCACAGGAUUGCUGUGAGGGCCGUGGAUGGCGGCAUGCCCCCGCUGAGCAGCGAGGUGGUGGUCACGGUGGAUGUCACGGACCUCAACGACAACCCGCCCCUGUUUGACCCACACGUUUACGAGGCCAAAAUCAGUGAGCACGCCACGCACGGGCAUUUUGUGACCUGCGUCAAAGCCUACGAUGCCGACAGCUCAGACGCAGACACGCUGGAAUACUCCAUUCUGUCCGGCAAUGACCAGAAGAGUUUUGUCAUGGACGGUGAAACGGGGAUUAUCACGCUCUCCAACCUCCGCCAGGUCACCUUGAAGCCGUUUUACAGUCUUAACAUUUCCGUCUCGGAUGGCGUUUUCCGAAGUUCGGCGCAGGUUCACGUAACUGUCAUUGGGGGCAACUUGCACAGCCCCGUGUUUCUGCAGAACGAGUACGAAGUGGAGCUCGCGGAGAAUGCUCCCGUGCACACCCUGGUGACGGCGGUGAAAGCGACGGACGGGGAUGCUGGUGUCUACGGCCACAUCACUUACCACAUUGUGAAUGACUUUGCCAGAGACAGGUUUUACACCAAUGAGAGAGGGCAGGUAUUCACUUUGGAAAAACUCGACCGAGAAAUCCCAGCGGAGAAAGUGAUCCCAGUCCGCUUAAUGGCGAAGGACGCGGGAGGAAAGGUUGCGUUCUGCACCAUUAACGUCAUCCUCACCGAUGACAAUGACAAUGCACCCCAGUUCCGAGCCACCAGGUACGAGGUAAACAUCGGGUCCGACGCUCCCAAGGGCACAUCCGUCAUUAAAGUUCUUGCAAGUGACGCCGACGAGGGAUCCAACGCCGACGUCACCUACGCCCUGGAAGCCGAUUCUGACAGUGUUCAGGAGAACUUGGAGAUCCACAGGCUGUCUGGCGUCAUCACGACAAAGGAAAGCUUAAUCGGCUUAGAGGACGAGGUCUUCACUUUCUUCGUGCGAGCUGUGGACGGCGGGUCUCCGCCCAGGGAGUCUGUUGUUCCCGUCUACGUGAAGGUACUCCCCCCAGAAAUGCGGCUCCCCAAGUUCUCAGAGCCGUUCUACACCUACACCGUUUCAGAAGACAUGCCUAUCGGGACCGAAAUCGAUCUCAUCCGAGCGGAACACAGUGGGACGGUCCUGUACAGCCUCGUCAAGGGGAAUACUCCCGAGAGUAACAGGGACGAGUUCUUUGUGAUUGACAGGCAGAGUGGGAGGCUGAAACUGGAGAAGAGCCUUGAUCACGAGACGACCAAGUGGUACCAGUUCUCCAUCCUCGCCAGGUGCGCUCACGGGGACCACGAGCUGGUGGCUUCUGUGGACGUCAGCAUCCAAGUGAAGGAUGCCAAUGACAACAGCCCUGUCUUGGAGUCUAACCCGUAUGAGGCCUUCAUUGUGGAAAACCAGCCAGGGGGCAGUCGAGUCAUCCAGGUCAGGGCCUCGGAUCUGGACUCGGGAGCCAACGGCCAAGUUAUGUAUAGUCUAGAUCAGUCCCAGAGCGUAGAGGUCAUCGAGUCUUUCGCCAUUAACAUGGAGACAGGCUGGAUUACAACCCUCAAGGAGCUCGACCAUGAGAAGAGAGACAGUUACCAGAUUAAAGUGGUCGCGUCGGACCACGGGGAGAAGGUCCAGCUGUCCUCCACGGCCGUGGUGGACGUCACCGUCACCGACGUCAACGACAGCCCCCCACGGUUCACGGCGGAGAUUUAUAAAGGGACCGUGAGUGAAGAUGACCCACCGGGCGGUGUCAUUGCCAUUUUAAGCACCACAGAUGCCGAUUCUGAAGAAAUUAACAGACAAGUCGCCUAUUACAUAACAGGAGGGGAUCCUUUGGGGCAGUUUGCUGUUGAAAAUAUACAGAAUGAAUGGAAGGUGUAUGUGAAGAAACCUCUAGACAGAGAGAAAAGGGACAAUUAUCUUCUGACAAUCACAGCAACUGAUGGCACCUUCUCAUCAAAGGCUAUUGUUGAAGUGAAAGUCCUUGAUGCCAACGACAACAGUCCAGUUUGUGAAAAGACUUUGUAUUCAGACACGAUUCCAGAAGAUGCCUUCCCCGGGAAGUUGAUCAUGCAGGUCGCCGCCACGGACGCAGAUAUCCGGUCCAACGCCGAAAUCACUUACACCUUAUUUGGCCCAGGAGCAGAAAAAUUCAACCUAAAUCCAGACACAGGUGAACUGAAAACACUAGCCCCCCUCGAUCGCGAGGAGCAAGCGGUUUACAACCUUCUCGUCAAGGCCACCGACGGAGGGGGGAGGUUCUGUCAAGCGCACGUGGUGCUCACGUUAGAAGACGUGAAUGACAAUGCCCCUGAGUUCUCCGCCGAUCCACACACCAUCACUGUGUUCGAGAACACGGAGCCUGGGACGCUGCUGACCAGAGUGCAGGCCACAGACGCGGAUGCAGGAUUGAAUCGGAAGAUAGCCUACUCUCUGAUUAACUCUGCGGAUGGGCAGUUCUCCAUCAAUGAACUGUCUGGGAUCAUCCAGCUGGAGAAACCUCUGGAUCGAGAGCUGCAGGCCGUGUACACCCUCACCGUGAAAGCCGUAGACCAGGGCGUGCCACGGAGGUUGACAGCGACGGGCACCGUGGUUGUGUCCGUCUUGGAUAUAAAUGAUAAUCCUCCCGUGUUCGAAUACCGCGAAUACGGUGCCUCGGUGUCUGAGGACGUUCUGGUUGGAACAGAAAUCCUUCAAGUGUACGCAGCCAGUCGGGAUAUCGAGGCAAACGCAGACAUCACCUACUCCAUCAUCGGUGGAAAUGAACACGGGAAAUUCAGCAUCGAUUCUAAAACAGGGGCCAUAUUUAUCAUUGAGAAUCUGGAUUACGAAAGCUCUCACGAAUAUUACCUGACUGUGGAAGCCACUGAUGGAGGAACCCCUUCCCUGAGUGACGUGGCCACUGUGAACGUGAAUGUGACAGACAUCAACGACAACACCCCGGUGUUCAGCCAGGACACCUACACAGCCGUCGUCAGCGAGGACGCUAUUCUGGAGCAGCCUGUCCUUACAGUGAUGGCUGAUGAUGCAGAUGGGCCUUUAAACAGCCACAUCCACUAUUCCAUAAUAGACGGCAAUCAAGGAAAUCCAUUUACCAUCGACCCCACCCGCGGAGAAGUGAAAGUGACCAAACUCCUAGACCGGGAAACAAUUUCAGGGUACACGCUCACAGUCCAGGCGUCCGAUAACGGCAGUCCCCCCAGGGUCAACACGACCACCGUGAACAUCGACGUGUCCGACGUCAACGACAACGCGCCGGUCUUCGCCCAGGGGAACUACAGCGUGAUUAUCCAGGAAAAUAAGCCUGUGGGCUUCAGUGUGCUGCAGCUGGUGGUGACCGACAAGGAUUCUUCUCACAACGGCCCCCCCUUCUUCUUCACCAUCGAGAGCGGAAACGAUGACGGCGCGUUCGAGGUGACCCAGCAAGGCGUCCUCCUGACCGCAGCCGCCAUCGAGAGGAAAGUGCGAGAUCACUACUCACUGCGCGUGAAGGUGGCCGAUAACGGAAAGCCUCAGUUGUCGUCUCUGACCUACGUGGACCUCAUGGUCAUCGAGGAGAGCAUCUACCCGCCUGCGAUCUUGCCCCUGGAGAUUUUCAUCACCGCGGUCGGCGAGGAAUACGCGGGCGGCGUCAUCGGGAAGAUUCACGCCACAGACCAGGACGUGUACGACACUUUGACCUACAGCCUCGAUCCGCAGAUGGACGGCCUGUUCUCCGUUUCCAGCGCCGGGGGCAAGCUGAUCGCGCACAAGAAGCUGGACCUGGGGCAGUACCUGCUCAACGUCAGCGUGACCGACGGGAGGUUCACGACGGUGGCCGACAUCGCCGUGCACGUCCGCCCCGUGACGCAGGAGAUGCUGAACCACACCAUCGCCAUCCGCUUCGCCAACCUCACGCCGGAGGAGUUCGUGGGGGACUACUGGCGCAACGUCCAGCGGGCGCUGAGGAACGUCCUGGGUGUGAGGAGGGGCGACAUACAGAUCGUGAGCCUGCAGCCCGCGGAGCCCCAGCCCCACCUGGACGUCUUACUUUUCAUAGAGAAGCCGGGUGGGGCCCAGGUGUCGUCCAGGCAGCUCCUGCACAAGAUCAACGCCUCCGUGGCCGACAUCGAGGACCUCGUUGGCGUCAGGAUCCUGGACGUGUUCCAGAGGCGCUGUGCGGGGCUGGACUGCCCACGGAGGUUCUGUGACGAGAAGGUGUCUGUGGACGAAAAUGUGAUGUCCACGCACAGCACGGCCAGGCUGAGCUUCGUGACGCCCCGCCACCGCAGGACGGCUGUGUGUCUCUGCAAAGAGGGAAGAUGCCCGCUCAUCCAUCAUGGGUGUGAGGACAGUCCGUGCCCCGAGGGAUCGGAAUGUAUCGCUGACCCCAGGGAGGAGACAUACACCUGUGUCUGUCCAGGUGGCAAGUUUGGGCAGUGCCCAGGCAGUUCGUCUGUAACAUUUACCGGAAACAGCUUUGUGAAAUACCGGCUGAAGGAAAUUGAAAGCAAGUUGGAGAUGAAGCUGACCAUGAGGCUCCGGACGUAUUCUUCGCACGCGGUCGUGAUGUAUGCUCGUGGCACCGACUACAGCAUCUUGGAGAUUCAUAACGGAAGACUGCAGUACAAGUUUGACUGCGGGAGCGGCCCUGGCAUCGUGUCUGUGCAGAGCAUCCAGGUCAACGACGGGCUGUGGCAUGCGGUGUCCCUGGAGGUGAACGGCAACUAUGCUCGCCUGGUCCUGGACCAGGUCCACACCGCGUCGGGCACGGCCCCGGGGACUCUGAAAACCCUGAACCUGGACAACCACGUGUUCUUCGGGGGCCACAUCCGUCAGCAAGGCACGAGGCACGGAAGGAGCCCCCAAGUCGGGAAUGGUUUCCGGGGUUGCAUGGACUCCAUUUAUUUGAAUGGGCAGGAGCUCCCUUUAAAUCACAAGCCCAGAAGCUACGCCCACAUUGAAGACUGGGUGGACGUGUCUCCUGGGUGCGUACUGACGGCUACGGAAGAUUGUUCCAGUAACCCCUGCCAGAACGGAGGCGUUUGCAACCCCUCACCUGCGGGAGGUUAUUACUGCAAAUGCACUGCCUUAUACGUCGGGACCUAUUGUGAGGUGAGCGUCAACCCCUGCUCCUCCAACCCCUGCCUUUAUGGCGGUACCUGCCUUGUGGACAAUGGAGACUUCAUCUGCCAGUGCAGAGGGCUAUACGCUGGAAAGAGGUGCCAGCUUAGUCCGUACUGCAAGGACGAGCCCUGCAAAAACGGCGGGACCUGCUUCGACAGCUUGGACGGUGCCGUCUGUCAGUGCGACUCAGGUUUCAGGGGAGAAAGGUGUCAGAGCGACGUUGACGAGUGUGCGGGGAGUCCGUGCCGGAACGGGGCGCUCUGCGAGAACACGCACGGCUCCUACCACUGCAACUGCAGCCGCGAGUUCCGCGGGAGGCACUGCGAGGACGCGGCUCCCAACCAGUACGUGUCCACCCCCUGGAACAUCGGGCUGGCCGAAGGCAUAGGCAUCCUCGUCUUCGUCAUCGGCAUUUUCUUCCUGGUGCUGGUGUUUGUCCUCUGCCGCAAGAUGGUCCGUGCCAAGAAGAAGAAGCAGCACCCGCCGGAACCCGAAGACAAACACUUGGGACCGACCACGGCGUUCAUGCCUAGGCCGUAUUUCGAUGCAAAACUAAAUAAAAACAUUUACUCAGACACGCCCCCCCAGGUGCCCGUCCGCCCCAUCUCCUACACGCCAAGCAUUCCCAGCGACUCCAGGAACAAUCUGGACCGAAACUCCUUCGAAGGCUCUGCCAUCCCCGAGCACCCCGAAUUCAGCACCUUUAACCCCGAGUCUGUGCACGGACACCGGAAGGCAGUGGCCGUCUGCAGUGUCGCCCCAAACCUGCCGCCCCCGCCCCCGUCCAACUCUCCUUCUGACAGCGACUCCAUCCAGAAGCCCAGCUGGGACUUCGACUAUGACGCUAAAGUGGUGGAUCUUGACCCCUGCCUCUCCAAGAAACCUCUGGAGGAAAAGCCGUCCCUCCCUUACAGUGCCCGGGAGAGCCUGUCUGAAGUGCAGUCCCUCAGCUCCUUCCAGUCGGAGUCCUGUGAUGACAACGCUUCCAUAGUGACUGUAAUACACCUUGUCAGCACCGCGGCUGGCACGGUGACGAACGAAGAGUCUUUGGCUGCUCCUGACCUGGGCAAAUCAAGAGGUGACUUAUGCAUGCCAGUUGUUGAUUGAUAUGCACUAAAAAUUGGCAAAGAUCGGGCCCCGUGCUGACUUGCUUCCCUGGUUCGCUCGGUGGAUGCGCAGUAACCAAGCCACUCCUUAUUCGCGCCCUGCAUUCUAAACGCCAUCCGCUCGCCUUUCCCUCUCUGCCAUAGGAUUUCACAAUCCUAAGGGAGAAAAAAAACUAUCCGCACAUUGGGAGGGUUUGAAAAAAAAACAACUAUUAUACUUUUAUAUUCUCUACAGUGAUCUGUAGACUUUUAACAAAUAACACAUUGAUGUGGUCUAUCAAAAAUGUAUUAUGUUUCAGCGUUUGCAUUUUGCUUGAUUUGGAAGCAUGCUUUGAUACACACCUGUAUUAAUAUACUUUCUUGUGUUUUUUAGGGCUAAUGAAAAAUAGUAUAACUUUUUAUAGUAAACUUACUACAUUAUCAUUAUUAUAUAGGAAAUUUU